UUUGUAUCUAUUGAAUAUUACUCGAUAUGCACGAGGCCUACAUGUAUGUUCGGCUGUGUGUUUGUUUAAUACUCAAGCUUUAGUCAAACGCUGCAGGUUGAAGGGAACAAAACUUCAGUUUGUGGGUAAACGAGAGUUUAAUGUCACAACCGCUGUUAGCCAUGUUCAGGCUUCUCUCCUUAAAAGUAAAUACACGAUAACAAGAAGAAGAAGAAGAAGAAGAAAAAGCUAUUGGAAUAAUGCUGCUGUUUCCUGGUUGUGUAUUUGUGGUCAGAAAAAUGAUUAAUAAACAACAUAGGGGGGACUUAGCUUCUUAAAAUCAGUUGAAAUCCAUUUGUCAUCGACAGAAAAUGAAAUUAUUAAAACAGUUUUCUGUGUCAGUGUUCUGGUAAAUGUUGUGUGUCUGGUUUCUAAUGUGUGUUUGUGCUUUCAGGGGAAAAUGUUAGAAGCGUUUUUACCAUUCUGUUGAUUAACCUGUCUGAUCAACAGGGACCUAACAGCUAAAGGUACAAAGAGAUAAUAUUACUGAAGAAAUUAUUAUUAUUAUUAAAAUAAUUUAAAUGGAAAAGAAAAGUGACUAUGACACUAACCGAUGUCCACAUCACUUUCAAUUAGUCUUAUUUUUAUUACUUUUAAUGCAGUUGUUAAAGUUGUUUCAGCAACCACAGGAGGCUCAUGUGUCCACAAGGGACCAAACUAACACCUGAGCUAGUGCUGCUCACUGAACAAGGACUGAGAAAAACGCCAACGCUGCCAUGCUCAGUAACUAUGAGGUGUUCAAACUCCUGACAGACCUGAAGGAACAAAGGAAGGAGAGCGGGAAGAGCAAGAACAGCUCUGGGCAGCAGAACUUGAACACCAUCAUGUAUGAGACGCUCAAGCACCUGUCGAAUACGCCCUGCAGCAGACAGAGCCCAGAGGUGGUCCAAGAGUUCCUCACCACCAUGAUGCCUCAUAAACUCACCAAGGCUGAGAAACUGCAGCUACUGAACCACCGGCCGCAGACCGCAGUGGAAAUUCAGCUGAUGGUAGAGGAGAGUGAAGAGCGUUUGUCAGAGGAGCAGAUCGAGGAGCUCAUCCAGACGGUAGCAGACAUUCUACCCGGUGACCCUGAACAGCUGAAUGCUGCACCAGCAGAGGCAGAGAUGGAUGAACAGUCAUGACGCUGUGAAAGUCCAGAAAUGACCCACAGGUGAAGAAUUGGAGUGGUUGCUUUUUUUUGCAUCACUUCUUGAACUGAAGAACGUCCUGACCAAGUGGAUGCAGAGUGGCUGCCUGGCCGUGGCUCACAGUACAUGGUUAUCACUUAAAUCCCUCAUUGAAGGAUUCAAAUUAAGGUGAAAAUACGCACAUUGUCAUCAUUUACUCAGUGUUGUGUACAUACAGCUGAAUUCAGAUCCCAAAUGUGCACACUUUCAUGAGUACAGGUUUUUGAACACUGACUUGUUUUGCUCCUGACUUGUCUGAUUUGUAUUUCACAGCAGAUCAUAUUUUGGCAGAGACAAUCUGCUAUUAAAGAGCCCAUAUUGUGUCAAAUACAUUUUCUGAGCUUUUACUAUCCGUAAUGCCUUGAAGGGGUCAGUAGGUGGCUUCACAGUAUGAAAACAGUCACUCCGCGGACUUUUUCAUUCGAAGAAUUGGGUUAUCUGAACGUAUCAUUUCGUAAUUCCUCCCCUGUAUGAUGUCAUCCGGGUUCACACUCGUCUCUCAGCCCCACGCAGCCGGUACCAGUCCAGCCUCCGAACCCACCACCCCACUCCCAGUCGGCACCACCACCCCUCCACACCGAACGCGACACCAAGCAGACAUGUUGCUGAGCUAGCAGCAUGUUAGCUACCAAAGACUAACCACACUGAAGAAACAUUGUCGCGUGGAGAGAUGCAAGGAAGAGAAUGUGUCAGUGCACGUUCCUCCAAAGAACGUUAAUGUUCGAGACCUGCGAUUACGCUUUAAAUCCCAGAAUGUGUAAAAUAUGGGCCCCCCUUUAAGUGUUUUUUUUAUUCUUUGUUGCUUUAUGAUUUCAAAAGCUGUAAUAUAUCAUAUGUCAGUCGAAAUUAAAUCUGCAUAAGUCUUAUUGCAAUGGCUAUGUAAUAAGUAAACAGUUGGGACCGAGAGGUGAUGGGUUCAAA